AUAAAGUGUUAUCACCAUAUCUAAUCUGAUUUUAUACCGACUCGCUUAUCGUAUUUGCUCUUUUGCUGAAGUGCACACACAAUACUUUCACAACAGUUUCCCAACAGCAUGAGUAAUUUUGAUUGCAAAAUACGACAACAACAAAAUGGGGACUCAUUUGCUCUGGAUUGAAAAUUGUACAUAUCUUUGUGUAGAUGAUUGAUGAUGUUUUUCAUCAAUCCAGAAGAAGAAGAAAUCGAGUCUGAAUUCAGAUAAAUUACAAGAAAUUGUUCGUAUACCUACGUUAAAUCGAUUGAGUCACCACAUUAGUCGGUGCACAAUGUCACGCCUAUUGACGUAUGUCGUCACUUUUGUGCUGAUCUCCAGUGCACGGGAAAUUCAAAGCCAAGAAAAUGCACAGACCCGGAUACCAGAGUCCCUUGAAGAAUGCUACCGAAAUGCGGAUAUUUAUGAAAGAGAUAACCGUUUACCAGCUACAAUUAACACAUUGAUUGAGCUAAUACGAAAAAUUGAAGACUCACCCGAUUAUACGAGCGAUUUGCGUACAGUUGCAGUCGGACUAUUGCAUCGAUUCCGCAUGGAUGGAAUUAAACACGCUUCUGGGAAUGUCCAUCCGACCGUCUUACCAUUUAGUCCGUCGGAAUAUCAAUUUUCGAAGCAUCGUUUGUUAUUGUCACGUUUGAUUCCAGGCAAUGCACAUAAUUUCCCGAACAAUAGUUUAUCGGCCGUUGAAAGGUGCACAUUGCAUUUCCUUUUAUCAAGUUCAAUUGAUACACAAGUCAGAGGAGAUGAAUCAACGAGAUGUGGACAGUUAGCACAAUUUCGAUCGUCGAGAUUUUUCCAUCCAUUCGAGUUGGCCAGGAAAAAGCGUUAUAGUCAGAUGCCCCGAAAUAAUUAUUUAUGUGACAUUGAAAUGAUGUCUGAUAUGCAUGAUCAAAGACGAUGCCAACGCUAUAGAAAACAGCCUCGGCCAAGAACCACCACUCAACGAACAUACGAAGAAGACGACGAAAAUACGGAAGAUGACAUUGGAGAUUUUCCAGAAGAAGAAUUUCCAUACGACAUUAACCCCUCCGGACGAGGUUUGAUCGAAAUAGCGAAUAACGCGGUGAGUCAGUGUCCAGUUGAAAAUGGUGUAAUCAGAACAACUUGGGGAGCCGUAGCUGCUGGACCCCUAAUUGCAGGAAUUGCUGCUGGUUUAGUGCAGCAAAAUGUGGCCACUCGUGAAUUAUUGUUACUGACAAGAAACUAUGCCCGCCACAACCAUCAUCAACAUCAAGUCCAACUGAAUGUAGACAAUCGAUGGGCGGCAACUUUGAGCGGAGAUCUGUCUGAAGUAACACUUUUGCAAGGUCCAAUGAGUCGGGAUAUCAGUGUGGGUGCAUCUGGUGCAUGGAAUUCGACAACCGUUCCCCAUUGGUAUUUCCUAUCACAACGUGAACGUCUUGAAAUGACUGAUGCAGAAAUUCGUGGAGGAAUCGAUGGAUUAGUCAUGGGCCUAAAUAUUGCCGAAUGGCGAAAACAAAUUUCGCAGAUACGACUUAGUCAACUGCUUGAUAUGUACUAUUCGAAUCGUGGCAUUUUAUCUUCAAGUUUCCGAUCGUGCAACCGACGAGAGCUCUUUACAAAAAUUGUUCAACCGAAUCAGCUGCAGGCACAAACGAUAGCAUUCAGUACUGUUCUGGAUCGUGAGAUGCAACUGAUUGUCACUCUUUCGAAUAAGAAUAUCGAGCAAUUUUCGACAGCUGCAACCGAAGCUUUAAACUCAUAUGUCGAAAAUGGACUGAAUGAUGUGACUUGCGAUGCUACAUCGGCAUUAAAUUCAGGUGGUGAGAGAACUGCAACUGAUUUGCACAUUUUUGUCGAAACAACUUGGCAAUUUAUUGAAGUUCAGCCGGCAAUUAUCACCCUCCUGGAUAAUCUCGAUGUUAACCGGUUUGGAACAAGAUUUACAUUGUAUAACGCCAACGAUGCGUCCGUAAUAGUGAACACGACAUCAAAUCUUUCUGAUUUGUCAAUGCAAUGGAACGUAACAAUUCAUGCAAAUCAGCCCUCGGGUUUUAAUUUAGCCGCAAUUGUUAAACAGCUACGCGCUAUUGGUACCAAUCUAAUCAAUGAGGAACAUUCGCAAUCACAAGCUGUCGGACGUUCAUUUGUCGCUCUGGUCAUCCCACAAUUGUCGCCCGUCAAUGAGGCUGAUAGCAACUAUGUGCUUGAACAACUAGUUACUCUACGUGAAAAUCAACCGGACCUUACGUUAUUAUUUUGGGCUGGCGGAUCGGUUGGCCGCUUCCAAGGAUUUGUGGUCAACCAACAACGAGAUCUUUUCGAAUUGAGAGCACUUAGCUCCAGCGGUGGUGCCGAAGCAAGUCAACAAGUCCUUGCUUACACAUUGCCUGUCAUUCAACGCAUUCAAUCUGUGCCAAGGAGAAUAGCGAACCCACGCUGCACCACGGAUGGAUGGACAUGGGCCCAAAGCGACUGGGGCACUAAUGCCCUCGAACGAUUCGUUGAACCAUCCAAUGUGCCUACUUUCUACCGUUUGCAUCCCAACUAUUUCUAUCGUUCUGGUGGUUGGAUUCGCAUCAAGAGUCUUUAUCAAUCACAAAUCAUCGUUUGCACCUCACGAAGUCAAGAAUACCCCAAGUUUAGUAACUCAACGCAAUCAAAUGAAAAUGUGGAUUGUCGGCAAUUGCCGCCAAACGAUAACUACAAUUAUGACCUUACAAAUGCUUGUGAAGGACAUUAUCUUAUACAAAAUUGUCCACCCGUUUAUAUAUCGGUUCAAUCCGCUCCACAGGAGACUCAAAAUAACUAUCAAUGCACUGAAUUGGGUUGCCGUUUUCCCGACGAAACUAAAUUCAGCAUAACCCUCGAAAAUUUGGGUUGUUACAGCAGCACAUCGAGAACAAUGUGCCAAUUGACAGUUUUGGUGUUCAUCAUUUUCAUUCCCAUUUUCAUCCAGAAAUUUAGACUAGUCUAAGCUCAGCGCAAUACGAAUGACAAAUUCGAAUCAACUUCCUUUUUUUACAAAAAAUACAUUUUCUAGACAUUUACAGAUAUUCACAUGUUAUUAAGCCCUCUUUUUCCAUGAAUAAAAGAUAAUAAUGAAGCUAUUUCCACUAAAAAGUGGACUUUCAACACAACAACCAAA